UAGUAAAUUAACAAGUCGCAUAACGUCAGCUACUUACUUAGUAGAAUGCAUUGACGUGUACGGCGCACAGCGAAUCCUACAUCUAGCACACGGAAAAUCUACUGUCUUAUUUAUAGUACCGGAAAUGAAUGUUUAUCGUAAAUAUUUCGAUAACGUGUUUCAUUUGGAAAAUACCGUCAUGGAUAAUAUCAAAGUGAAGGACAGUGAUGCAGUCGCAGUGAAUAGAGUGAAAGAUUCUCAUCGAAAUAGCACGAUGAAGGAAGAGUCGACAAAGUUUCUAGUGAAAUAUCGAGAUCGUGUUUAUAAUAUUUCUGGUUUCUUGAACUAUCAUCCUGGCGGAAAAAACACUCUCCUACGUUUUAGGGAUCAAAUCCUGGAUAAAGCGUUAACGGAACAUCCUCACUCCAAAUCUGCCUACUAUCUUCUCGAGGAAUUUGCUGUGCAACAUCAAGAAAGAUAUAAUGAGUGCGAAAACUUGGUAAAUUGGGAUGCGCCGAUUCUGUGGCAAGUAGGCUUUAUGGGCGAUCGAUAUUGGGAAUGGGUAAAUUUGCCCGUAAACCGACCCAUUCGGUUUUUUAAAUCAGAUAUUUUAGAAACCUUGUCAAUCACACCAUGGUAUGUUAUGCCGAUCGUCUGGCUUCCGGUAGCUAUGUAUCUCUUUUAUAUAGGAUGUAUUUUGGACGUUUCGACGAACAUAGUAAUCAAAUUGCCAAGGAUUCUACUAUCAUUUCUUGUUGGGUUUUUUAUUUGGUCUCUCGUAGAGUACUUUGUGCAUCGGAAAGUGUUUCACUUUAAACCGCCGCACAAUUCUAAAUUACUGAUUACUUUGCACUUCUUGUUCCACGGGUGUCAUCAUAAGGCACCAAUGGAUGGGCGGAGACUAGUGUUUCCACCAACAUUUGGUUUACCUGUGGCAGCGAUAGUUUGGCACAUUUAUAAGAUGAUAUUUCCCUCGACGGUUGUUAGUUUUAUCGCAGCUGGUACGGUAAUGGGCUAUUUGUCUUAUGAUUUAAUGCACUAUUAUUUGCACAAUGGAGCACCAAAAGUUGGCUCGUAUUUUUACGUGAUGAAAAGAAGACAUAACUAUCAUCACUUUUUACAUCACAAUCAAGGAUUUGGAGUUACCAGUGAAUUGUGGGAUCGUUUACUCAAAACGGAUCUGCGUCUGCGGAAAUUAGAUGAAUCUCUGGAAUGGUGAUACGAUUAAAAACAGCAUGACAACGUUGUGUUUACUAAUGG